AUGCGAGACCUCGAGGACUUGAGCUGGCUCCAGAUCGCGCACGGGACCGGAGGUCUCCCUCGCGAACAUCCCUUCUACCAGGGCGCCGAAGAAGGGCUGAACCACGGUCCUCUGAAUCAGCGCCUUGCGGACCACGCCCACCUGCAGUUCCCAGACGCACCUCAUCAGGCCGAAAGGAUGGCUGAAGGACACCACAACAAUCCAACUUCCUGGGUCCUGGGCCAGGAUUGGGAUCCCCACGGCAACCAUUACAUCCCAUACGUGCACCAGCCGACGGAGCACUACGGCGGUCCCUCUGCCGUCGAGGGUGCCGAUAGCUCGUCAUCCAGCCGCCAAGCAGUAGCCAUCGGACACUCAAGCGACGACCAGGCUCUCCAGCGUUCUCUGAAGCGCACUCGGCCGCGGCGUGAGGGCACCUUCACGUACACGUACGGAAACGGACCCAUGUACGCAGGGGUCAGGCAUAUACUGCUGGAGCGACUCAAGAGGCAGGGCAGGCUAGGCGCAGACGCCCCCGUCGAGGCCGUCGACGCGCUCAUUCCCUCGGCGCAGGCCCACGCCUCGAUGGAGUCGAUCGAGCUCCACCGCCGACUGCGCGGCAUCUUCCCGAUCGUGUCCAAAGAUGCCGCCAAGCCCGAAUUGAUCAAGAACAUCCGGUGGUACGACGACGUCAUUAGCUUCCACGUCAACAGGGAGGCGACCGAGGCGCUGUACGACCAGCGCAACCCGUUCCGCGUGUUCCGUGCCGUGGCGACUCCAGUCGACGGCGGGAAAAAGAUCCUCUACAUCGGCGACUUUCAGGUGCCCUGGGCGUUGGCGUAG